GAUUUCUAAACACCUGUAAUAUCUCCAGAAGAGAGACAAAAGAAGAUGUAACGGGGCUGCUGUUUGCGGGUCUGUAAUUGGGAUCUUGGCGAAUGUAAAGCUGUUGGAAUACUCUUUCCACUUCCUGGAUCAGAUGACUGGACAAUAUGGAGCACCAGAAUUCUGAACUUUCUUGGAAAAAACUGUUGUAACAUAAUCUGCAAGGAGAAAGAAAGAGAUGUUUUCUAAACAAUAUAAUACAAGACUACAAUAAAAGCUACAGGCACUUUUUUUUUGUAUGGCAUUUUACAAUGCCUGCAUGUGCUGCAAUCAACUGCACGAGCCGGCAAACCAGAGGAUGUGGAAAAUCAUUUCAUAGAUUUCCUCAUGGCCGGCCAGAAGUAUUGAAAAAAUGGGUGAUGAACAUGCGCCGAGACAAAUUUAAACCAUCCUCUAAGGCAGUGCUGUGCUCAGACCACUUUGAAGAGUUUUGCUUUGACAGGACCGGGCAAACCAUUCGCCUCAGGACCGAUGCUGUACCAACAGUAUUUGCUUUUCCUGGAAAGAUGAAAAAGGACAGGAAGUCACGUCAUUCUGCUAUUGUGUUCGAAUAUCCUGAGGAACCGUCUCAAUAUUCAUUUUCAUUUCAAGAGCCAACCAUGCAAGAACCCAAUGAGAAAUGUGUUACUGCAGAGCAUGACUACUGUAUCACAGACAGUCCAAGAACUUUAAAGAAAAGGCUUGAUGAUGCUCUCGGCAGCCUACAAAGCAUGAAGAGAAGGCUGAAGAUUACACAGCAAAAGUUCAGAAGACUAAAAUUCAAGGUCCAAGCUCUAGAACUGGCUGAGAAUCCAGUGUAGGAAACAGCACCUAGCUGCCUUUUUUUAUAUACUGAAAACAUUUAUGGUAAAUAUGUAUUAUUAAGGACUCCACUGUUACUGCUUCAGAAAAGUAUUGUCUGUGUACUAUAGGAAAUAACUAAUUUGAGUUCCCUAAGCAGUUCAAUCAAUUCUUUUUUUUUUUUUUUUUUUUUUUAAAGAAAGAGUUCAAUCAAUUCUGAUGAAAUGCCACAAAAAAAAUGCUGAUGGUCAGGAAAGUGUUACUAUUUCAUGAUUAUCUAGUUUUAAGCUUAAUUUUAAUAAACUUGCCCCAUAUCUGUAUAAACAAUAAUCAUUGGAAAGGUUUAUAAGCACAUUUUUGAGCAAAUGUACAUAUAUCUUGUUGGAUCUCUAAUUUUCAUGGCUUGUGUAGAAUUUUUUAUUAUUACUUACUUACAAGAACAGCAGUAGAAUACAUGUUAAAGGGGCAGUAUACUCCCUUUUUUCAACAUAAGCUCAAUGAAUACAAUGAAUGAAUGAAUUACAUUUCUUGAGCUAUACAGGCAGAUUGAAGCUACCCCUUGUUUGGUUCUGGCAAUGUAGAUAAUUCGAUGACCGGUACAAAGAUAUUUCAAAACAACAAAACACAAGGGAGUGAAGGGAGAGCAGUAGUAUACAGGUAAUUAUCUGCUUUGUAGGGGCCAAACAUGGAGUAGCUGUUUGUACUGUGUAGCACAAUAAAUAAUAGAAAAAUUUAUUAAAAAGUUUUUUUUUAUGAUUAAAAUAAUAGGCAAAAAUAUGUUCAACACAAGCCCUAUUUACUGAACUCAAGAUUAACAUGCCCUUUAAAUGGCAUAUUAUUUGUCCUUUUAUUGUUCAAGGACCAGUAACCUCUAAAAACAAAAAAAAAGCUUUGUGUGUAUUUCAUUAAGUGUUACCUGUACCCUUAUUUGCAUAUUUAUUUGAAGACGGUUGAGAAUACAAAAAAUGCACACAGUGCUUGGGAGUACUGAAUUUUGGAGUAUUUUAUAGAAAAACACAUUGAUAAUUAUGUCUCCAAAUGUGCGUUUCUAAACACUGCAUUUUCUUUUUGCAAAAGACAAAUAGAGCAAGUCAUGAAGAAUGUUAUCAUUCUUGUUGGCUACUCAUCAUAAAGCUGAUCUGUUGCAGAAAACAUGUUGCAUUUCACGUGUGUGUGUUUAUUUUUUGUCUUGUUACAUUUAACCACAAUUCUACACCAGAUCAGUGGCUGGAAAACAAUAAUUCUACUACAACAUGUUUAAAAGGCAUUUCACAGUUUUGGUGUGACUCCAAUAAAGUCAGUGGUGAAGUAUUACUAACAGUUAUCAUUUGUAUUUCAGUCACUGUCUUGUGUCAGAUGUGCCAAGGAUAAUUAUAAAAAGUAGUCCAUGUUUUUUGUGUUUUCUUUUUUUUUUUUUUUUUUUAGUAAAGCAACUAAGAUCUAUGAAUUUCCUUAGUGCGAAUGAACCCUGUGGUUUAUAAAACAUAGUAGUUCAUUUAUCAAUAGGAGGAUGUGAUUAUCGACAAACAAUUUCCCCUGUCUGCUAUCCUUACUGUAAGUCCCAGUAACAAUAAUGGGAAGACACCUGAAAUUUACUGGAGUGUGUUCAGGCUCUCCAUUUACUGAAAUACUGUAUACAUUUACAGCUGGCAUUUACAGCUGUAGACAACACAGUAUCGGAGGUUGACAAGCCAAACUUACUUAAGGCAGGUGUGAGAUUUUUCAUUGGUUUACUAGUUCAGAGGAGCAGGUAGGAGUAAGAAUAACCAUAUGAAUGCAUAAGGAAUAGAGUAAAUACUGCAAAUCACUGCUGACUGAAUUACUUUGAAACAUCCACUUUAGAGUGCUAUAAAUAGUGUGCUUCACAAUGUAGUCCUCAUUUGAAAGAGGCCUAAAGUUCAAAUAGUAAUGGUAUGGCAUUUAAGUCCGUGGUUAUUGCAGCCAGUUCCUUAUUUAAUGUAUAGUUAUUAUAAAAAGAUUUCUUGUCAUAUCUCACUAACUAGUGACUGGCCAUGUGUGUUUUUUUCCUCCUAAUGAAAUGUCUCUUCCACAGUGUUGCAAACAAAAUAAAGCCAAAGAGCAUUCUAUUCAUUGUGUAAUCUGUGUGCUGUAAUAAAAACAACUUGUGAUGGUAUUGCAAAUCAGUGAAAAGUGUAACCAUGAAUUAGAGAAAAAGUAUUAUAGAAUGAUAUGUUAAUAUGCUGUGGGGUGGAAACAUUUUCAUUUUUACUAAUUAAAAAUCUGACCUUGG